GUUUUUCUUAAGCAAACGCUUUCCUUAUUAACACUCUCUUGCAAACGUUUCUUUUUACACAGUAAACGUGAAUAAGGAACAAGAAAAAAAUAAGGGAGAAAACAAAAUGUCUCAUGUUGCUCAGAAACGAUCUUUUUCAAGUAUUGCAGAUGAUUCUUCAACACAAGCUGUUAUGACCCCAGCAGAAAAGAAAUGGUGUAUGCAGACCAUCAGAGCACUAAAGAAACACAAACGUGCCAUUGCUUUUCUUGAUCCAGUUGAUCCCAUUCAGUUCAACAUACCCGACUAUUUUGACAUCAUUAAGCAUCCCAUGGACCUGGGCACAGUCGAGAAAAAGUUGUUGGCCGAUGCUUAUAAGAGUGUGGAUGAAUUUAAGGCAGAUAUUCAACUGAUGUUUGAUAACUGUUAUCUUUAUAAUAAUCCUGGGGAUCCAGUCUGUCUAGAUGCAAAGAAAUUGGAAGAACAUUAUCAGAAACUAUGCAAAAAAGAACCCAGUCUUACAACAGAACCACAUCAUGUCUAUACAGAUACACAGUCAAUACCAGCACCCCCGAGUGCAACGACAAUCAAGUUAGCCAUACAAAAACCACCAUCUUUACCCCCAUCACCUUCAACCAUGCACAUAGAACCACCUUUGGAAAUGAAACCAGAACCCAUCAUGAAGACAGAUCCGCCACCUGAAAUCAAGCCAGAACCUAUAGUCACUUUUGUAAAUAAUGACCCUGUUCCAUCCAUGCCAGAAGAUCAAUUCAAACGAUGUGAGGCUCUUGUAAGAGAACUCAAGAAGCCUAAAUACAAAGGCAUUGCUUGGCCAUUUGAGAAUCCUGUGGAUGCAGCUGCAUGGGGUGCAACAGACUAUUACGAUAUCAUUAAACAGCCUAUGGAUAUGUCUACUUAUGAAAAGAAACUUUAUAGUCAUCAAUACAGCCAUGAAGAGGAAUUAGCUCAAGAUAUCCGACUUAUGUUUCGUAACUGUUAUCUGUAUAAUCCACCCGACCAUCUUGUGGCGAAUCUGGGUAAAGAGUUUGAAGCUAUUUUUGAAAAGCAAUGGGCCAAAUUGCAUCAACAAAAAGACAGUAAAAAGAAAAAGGAAUCUAAAAGACAACGUACUUCUCUAGAACCACCUCUUGCAAUUGAACCCACGUCAUCGUCUGCUGUUGUUGAUCAUCACUCAGACAUGAUUGAGCCUACCUCAAGUGAAAACAAAAGUAACAAUGGACCUACUAUUUUAAGAUUAAAGAUCAAAGUAUCUCAACCUAAAGAAGAGCCUGUGAAAGAACCCGAAGUCACAUCACCACCCAAGCCUAAAAUACCAGGCCUUGCUUUAUCUAAAGAACCGCCCACACCUACUUUAUCUAAUAAUGGACCUAAAUUGGCUAUUGGUAAACCACCCUCGCCUAUCAAAGACAAGCCUGUCUUGGCCAAUCAUGAUAAAUGGCUUGCUUUGGCUAAAAAGACACCUUCUUCCUCUUCACCACCACCCACCAGUACAACAAAACCAUUACCAUUUAAAGCCAAAAAAGAGCCACCUAAGCCUAAAGAAACAGUUGAUGUAAAACCAUUUGAUAUUGCAGAUAUUUAUAGUCAAAUCCACAAUGAGAAGAAACUAAAAGAACAACAAAAACGAGAAGAACAAGAGAAAUGGGAAAGACAAGAAAAGUUGCGACUCGAAUCAGAGAGAGUGGCUACUGAGAAACGAAUGCAUGAACUCCGAGAACAGAGUCGUAAAUUCAAAGCCAAAAAAGAACAAGACAAACAACAUCGUCUCUAUGCAUUAAAUGCAGUUUCUAUUGAUAUCAGUCGACAAAAGAUGCGGUUUAGUGAAUAUGAAAAAGAACAUAUGUCUCGAGACCAAGACUGGCAUGAUGUAUUUGUCUGGCAAAGAGAUACAAAUGAUUAUCGCCAUAUACCUGCUCCUGGUUUUGUUAAAAGAGCACAAAUCAAACUACCUGAACUUCGUAAACGACUCUUGAGUAAAUGUGUUCGAUUAGAGAACUCAAAGAGUAAUAGUCAACCUAUUAAUAUGAUGGAUGAUGGAGGAUCAGAUAUGGAUGUAGAAUAAUAAUAAUAAUAAAAAAAAUUUUUUUUAAUCUC